AUGGCGAUAUGGCCCUUUAAUCGCAAGAGCAAGCGGCACACCAUCCAGGUGACCGGUGCCGAAGCUGCUGAUCUUCAAUCCUCGUUUGCUGAGCCAACGAUCGAGCCUACAUUGGGCCGCAAACCAUCCAAACGCCAAACCAACCGCACGUCACGGGCGGAUGCUGCAGACAGCCGGCGCAGCUCCGCCUCAACAGGCUCGCUGCUGAGGCGGAAACCGAGCCAAAAUGGAAAUGCCCCGAAUAAAUUACGACGAAAGCUGAGCAAGCGCAAAGCAAAUGAGAUCAUGCGUGAGCGUGAAAUUCGUAUGCUCUCGUCCACCCCUAUCGAUAUCCCCCGUCGUCCGAACCCCGGCAGCGGGGAUUAUGUACUGGAACAUCGUCGAAAGGCAAAUGGUAGACGUGCCGACCGGUACAUGUCUGACAUCAGCCUGUCCAUUCGUGACUCCGCCACGUCCUCCACGUCUGACAUCUCCGACCCUUACACUUACAAGGUCAACGCUUUUGCUGCCUUGACCCCACGCCCCGUCGUUCGUUACGUCGAAGCCCCUCGCCUGCAGACCGCCAGAAGCAACAACCCGCCUGCUUCCAGCCGCCAGGAUAAAGAGAGGCUCCAGGCCCUGACCAUGUCUGAAGAUGAUUUCUACUAUUCCAAACGACGAGUAAAUGAGCUCGCUGAUUCAUUAGAUGCCGGGGCUUUGAGAGAGCUGCUGGAUCGCGACCGUCGCCGCCGAGAGAAGAAGCAGGUCGACGACCAGGAAAGACUUCGGCGUAAGCUGCAGGAGAGGGCAGAUGCUCAGCAGGCCCAAGAACAAAAAGUCCAGGUCGAAACCGAGCCCCAGCCCGAGCCCGAACCGGAAACCGAGAUUGCCCAACCAGAGCCGUCUAUCGCUGACGUCGCUGAACCUGAAGACGUCCCGAACGAAGAGGCCACCGUCCCUCAAGUUGAUGAACCGACGGCUGUCGCACCGGAGAAUGAAUCGUGGUUGCUGGGAACUUCCAAGGGCAGUGAGAACCUUGGACGCGAAUCGCGGGAAAGCUCUCGCAUUGUUGGAAAUAUUGAUGAUAGUUCCAUUCGUGAGCGGAGAUUGGUUCAACGUCCUAGCUUCGCCCCAUCACACGACAUUUCCAUGUCCCGGACUACUCUUUCCCCGUCUCAUUCAUCUCUUCGGCACGGGCUAAAUAGCCCAUCCCACUCACAAAUCUGUGGACCCAGCUCCACCUCGGACAUUUCCAGAGGAGUCGACUCAGAACGCCGACUUUCUGACACCAGCGGUCGCCGGGGGAACACUAUUACCUCCCUGUUCAGACGUGGUUCGUCACGUCUCAAGCGGACGUACAAAGAGCGAUUCCAUGACACCACCCCCGAAGUUUCCAACGCCUCGCAUGAAUCUUUCUACAAAAUUCAGACUCAAUCAUCACCUCCUCCGCCCUCGGUUAUCCCUCAGAGAAUUUUGUUGCCCACUGGAACCGUGAAGCGCUCUCAAUCCAAGUUCACUGAACACUUUGGCGACGAACCUCUGUCGCCUCCUGAUUCUCGCCUACAGUCUCCAGAUAUCCCGGAGGAAGUUCUAGAGUCCUCUCUCGAGCGGGAUGAGACUUUCCUGCGUGAACCAACACCUAGCCCCGGUGUGGACAUCAAAAACCCCAACCGAAGCCAUCAUCGAUCGUGGGCUUCAGACAGUAUGGACACCGAGGCCGAUAACGUGCCACUUUCCCAAUCUCUGGCUUCAAUCGAUUCUGAGGGAUCUUGGAUGUCAGGCCAGUUUUUCCGUCGGAUGUCACAAAAGCCUGGCAGCCCUGUUCGAUCGAAUUUGAACUCCUUUGGCCGAGACUCAGUGGAUGGCCCGGCAGAUGCCCCCGAAGAAGCGGAAUCACUGGAUGAAUCCCGCCGUCUUAGCAACAAUAUCCUUGGCGAGCCCGAGCUGGAACCGGAAGGCACAGAAAGCUCGGCAAGCAAGCCUGCUGAAAGAUGGCACAAUGAAGUCGGUCGCCGCGCUGUUGUGGUGAACCCGGCGGUCCGUCCAAAGUCUACACAAGCCAUGCUCAGAGGGUUUCCCUCAUUGAGCCCCAUCUCCGCAGAGGAAGAUCACAUUAUGGAGGAGACAACUCCUUCGGAACUGCAGCGGAUUCCCAGCGCGAAAGCUGAGAUUGGUUAUGCCGAAUAG